CCUACCGGCCGCACGCUAGCUUGUUACGUCGUCUUCCAAGUCAUUUUAAUAACAAAUUGCUGUUAUUCAAUUAAAAUGCUGCCGAUUGUACGCGUCUUGUACAGUGGACUGGCUAGCGCAACGCGCUCCAGCCGCGGGGCCCUGCACACGGCCAGUGUGGUCCGAUGUAAGGCGGAGGCGGAGGCGACGGACGAAAAGAGUUCGGAGGCAACUGAGGGCGAGGGCGAUGGCGACCAAGUUAGCUCUGGACCUGACCCGAAGGAUCGCACCAAAAAUAUUCCCGUAGAGACGUCGAUGCGCUAUUUGAAGAGCGCUGCCUACAAACAAACCUAUGGCGAGGACUUUGUGUGGACGCAGUAUAGGCGGAAUCACAAGGGCAUGUUUGCCCCACGGAAAACUCGCAAGACAUGCAUCCGCCAGGGCCGGAUUGCCACUGGAAAUCCAUGCCCCAUUUGCCGAGACGAGUAUUUGGUCUUGGACUAUCGCAACACGGAACUCCUGGAGCAGUUUAUCUCUCCCCACAGCGGCGAUGUGCUCAGCUACUCCCAAACUGGCCUGUGCCAGAAAACUCACUUCCGCCUAAUGGUGGCCGUCCAGCAGGCCCGUGAUUCCGGCUUCCUCACCUACGACGUGCCUUUCAGGGAGUACGAUUACAACGAGUACUACGGCCAGAACGAAAAGCAGAAGGCUUAACUACCAACUAAGUGCACAUGUAGAUGACUUUGCUUGUUAUUAAAAAUGCGAAAAUAAAUUACUGUUAGAUGGAAA